AUGGAUGAAGAUAGCCGAAUACUGGAAAUGUUAGAUGACGUGGAAAAUGAUAAUUUUUCAACAUCUGGCGAAUCAUAUGCAGAAGAUUCUCAUCAAAGUGAUGGUAAUUCGUACAUAACUGACAGUGAUGCUGAUCAUUCUACAACACUGUCAAGCUCAAAUAUAAGUUAUACUAGUCCGGAUAUUGCAGUUGCUGCAAAUAACAUAAAUAAUAAUGAUAAUGAAAUUGACAGUGAUAGUGUGGUAAGUUCUGAUUCUAACACUGAUACAGAAGAGGAUGAAAGUGAUUGGGAAGAUGAGAAAUUUGGUAAUAUACAUGAUUUUGAAUUUGAUGUUAGUACAGCUGGAACAAAAUUUGAAAUAAACAAUGAGACUUCAGCUAUUGAUGUUUUUUUUAAAUUUUGGGAUGAUGAAGUAUUCAACUUAUUACUUACAUGCACUAAUAACUAUGCAAAAAAAAUUGGCACUUUAACUCGUCCUCAUACAAAAGGUAGUAGAGCUAAAAAUAUUACAAAAAUUACUCGAGAAGACUUAGAAAAAUGUAUUGGAUUAUGUUUACUCAAGAGUCAGUUGAAAAUCCCAAUAUUACGAAAAGCAUUUAGCAAUAACCCAAUGUAUUACCAUCCCAUUUUUAAUUAUACUAUGUCUGGUAGAAAAUUUGAAAAAAUUCUUAGAUGUUUUAAUAGCUCCGAAGGUAUUUCUAUAAAUCCUUGUGAUAGAUUACAUAAAGUUUCAACAUUAGUUGAAAUACUAAAAAACAAAUUUCAAUCUAAUUUCAGCCCUUAUGAGGCUCUAUCUUUGGAUGAGUCCAUGUUGCUUUGGAGAGGGCGACUAUUAUUCAGACAAUAUAUAAAAAAUAAAAAAAACAAAUAUGGAAUUAAGUUUUUUGAAUUAUGUACACCUGACGGUUAUGUACUGAAUACUGAAAUUUAUAAAGGAAAGACUGAUCAGGUGUCAAAUGGUUCAAAAAUAAAUGAUCUAGUCAUCAGAUUGAUGAAACCAUAUCUAAAUAAGGGUCACCAUUUAUACAUGGACAAUUUUUAUAACUCAGUGGAUUUGUCAAAUAUUUUGUAUAAGAAGAAAACACAUACAACAGGCACAUUAAGAAGUAAUAGAAAGAAAAAUCCAAAAUCAAUUACAACAAAAACUUUGAAAUUGAAAUUUGGUCAACAUGUUUUUGCUAAAAAGGGCCCAAUUUAUGUCAGUCGCUGGAGGGAUAAACGGGAAAUGCUAUCAAUUACAACUGGACACAAACCUGAGAUGGUUUCAGUCAAAAAUAAAUAUGGACAACAAAAAAUGAAGCCCAAGCACAUUGCUGAGUACAACUUAAACAUGUCAGGGAUUGAUCGAAGCGACAAAAUGAUAAGUUACUAUUCUUCACCAAGAAAAACUAUUAGAAAUAUAAAUAAUUUACCAAGACCAACAUCGCCAAUUUUAGGACACAUGCAAAAAAAAAUUCCACAUCCUCCAGGUUGGAAAAGAAGUGGAUAUUUCCUGCGAUGUAGACAGUGCACAAAGCAAAAAAAAGUUAAACAGACCUCGUGGAGGUGCAAAAUGUGUCCUGAGCAACCGCCAUUAUGUCCAGGAAUUUGUUUUUCAAUGUAUCAUAAACUUGAGUAA